GAUCGUUGUGAGCGCUUAGUGGAACGCACCCUAAAGGAGCAUUUUGAUCGUUGUGAGCGCUUAGUGGAACGCACCCAUAAUCUUUUUACACAAAAUUAUAGCAGCAUAACCUAGAAAAUGAUUCGCAAUAGUGGUCUUAGAAAAGUUGUUGAAAACUUUGUAAAAAAGAGAAGACAGUACUCUAACAGAUUUGUAGGAAGUCUUUCAAACCAUGAGUUACAAAAUAAGAAAUUAUCAGAGGAAGAAGAUAUGGUAAAAGAUAUGCCUAAUUUAACUAUAAAUCCGUAUAAAAAAGAAAAACAGCAAUGUUUAUUAUGCAAAUUAAAUAUAGAACCAAAUUUUAAGAAUGUACGAUUACUAUCACAGUUUCAAAGUAGAUACACCGGACGGAUUUAUGGGAAGCAUAUAACAGGUUUAUGUAAAAAUAAACAAGAAAAAGUUGAGAGAGAAAUCUUAAAAGCACAAAAUGCUGGUUUAAUGGGAUAUUUUACAAAAGACCCAAGAUAUGUAAACGACCCACCAUUAUUUAAUCCUGAUCGUCCAUUAAGACCGCAUAAAUAUUAAUAUAAAAUAUAUACUUUAGAUUUUGUUAACAACAAAAUGGUAACUUUAAUGUUGUACAUAAGGUACUAUAAUAAAAUUAACAAAAAAUAUAUUAUA